CCCGCCGCAUGGGCGCGGGCUGGGAGCUGGGGGCGGCGGCCGGCCGCUCGCUGCUGCUGUGCGCCGCGCUGCUGCUCGCAGGCUGCGCGCUGGGCCUGCGCCUGGGCCGCGGCCGGGGGUCGGCGGACCGCGGGGUGCUCGCCUGGCUCUGCUACGACGCCCUGGUGCAUUUCGCCCUGGAAGGCCCUUUUGUCUACUUAUCUUUUGUAGGAAACAUUGCGGAUUCCGAAGGCUUGAUUGCUUCAUUGUGGAAAGAAUAUGGCAAAGCUGAUGCAAGAUGGCUUUAUUUUGACCCAACCAUUGUGUCUUUGGAAAUUCUGACUGUGGUCCUGGAUGGGUCUCUGGCAUUAGUCCUCAUUUAUGCCAUAGUCAAAGAGAAAUAUUAUCGGCAUUUCAUACAGAUUACCCUGUGCGUGUGUGAAUUGUAUGGCGGGUGGAUGACCUUCUUCCCAGACUGGCUUAUGGGAAGCCCCAACCUCAACACCGACAACUGGCUCUACUUUGGGGUCUAUCUGGUAUUUUUCAAUAGUGUGUGGGUUCUGAUGCCAGGGCUGUUACUGUGGCAGUCAUGGGUGGAACUCAGGAAAAUGUAUUACAAAGGAACCAGUGCAGGGAAAAAGUUUCAGUGAAUUUUCAAAAUCACAGACAC